AUGCUACGUCCCAACCAAAACAAAACAUUUCCGGAGAAAGAAAAUGCUGACACAUACAAAACCCCUCAGAAAACCGUGUUGACAAGGACUCCCCUUGUCAAAACUCCAAAGACACCAUAUAGACCGCUCCAAGAUAAGACUAACAAGACACCUUACGUUUCGCGGGUGCUUGCAAGUGGUUACAAGACUCCAGGAGGGGAAAACAAACAGCUCGAAAGCGAAUUACGGUCUGUAAUUAACCCAAAGACAACUGGUCGCAAGAGACUUUCGGGGACACGUAGCAGACAUUCGAGUAGCAAAAGUUGCAAAAAGUUUGAUAACAUUGAGAGUGGCAAUAGUACAGUAUCAGAAUGCGAUGACAAGCUUAACUUUACGAUAGAUAAUGUACCGGAAGUGGAAUACUGUCCUCCUCGUAGUCCGGAGCCUCCUUUUGACGUAGAAGAGGAUCUUCGCGUAAAUCUUAAAUCCGACAUAUUAACACUACCAUUAAAUGCCGAUGCGUUUGAGUUUGAAGACGUCGAACUUGAUAUACCAAUAAUGCCCAAGACGGAUGAAGAAGGAGAAUUGCGACUUGGGGACAAAUCGACUUCUACGCCAGGAGGAAUGCAUGGAUUUGCAAAAUAUUACGAGAUGCUUUGCGACUUUGAAGAGACAAUUGAACAAAUGUUGGGAGGGCCAAAAUCUUUUGACAAGAUACUAGAGAAAUAUCAUAAGCUCGACUUUCCAUUAGGAAACUGA